AUGAUCAUUAAAACGCAUUGGCACCACAUUAAGUAUGAUCAUUUAUAUAAAUUUCACAAACCUAGAGUUGAUCAUUUAUGUUUUAUUCUUAUCAAAAAAGUUCUUACUCAGCAAUUGUAUCAAGUUCAACUACUUCAGCAAGGUCAAUAUUCAGUACCAUGGCGAAAGGAGUUUAAGAAAGAAUGGAAGCAACAUGAAAAGCAAAAAACACAAUUAAAUAAUAAGUACUUUACUGACCCGGCUAAGCAAAUUGGUGAACAUCAUGAAGACGAUUAUGUUAUUGAAAGCAGUGAUGAUGAACAGGAUAUGUACGAAUCAGAGUUAGUAUAUUUGCAUAAAGUCUUAGAUAAGACCAAAGAGCUUCUUGAAGAAUCAUGUACCAAGUCGAAAGGACAUUUAUAG